GGAAGCCCCAGAGCAUCGAGAGCUCAGAGAGGGUCCAGCUGUCUGGAACCUACAACGUUCGGAAAGGGAAGCUUCAACUACCAGUCAACCGCUGGACCAGACGCCAGGUCAUCCUGUGCGGCACUUGCCUCAUCGUCUCCUCUGUGAAGGAGAGCCAGACAGGGAAGAUGCACAUCCUGCCCCUCAUUGGAGGAAAAGUGGAGGAGGUGAAGAAGCACAAUCAUUGUUUGGCCUUCAGCUCAGCAGGGCCUCAGAGUCAAACCUACUAUGUCAGCUUUGACAGCUUCACGGAGCACCUGCGCUGGCAAAGACACGCUGCCAAGAUGGUGUCUCAGAGAAUCCACUCAGUUGAUUUGUCCUGCUGCAGUCUGGAGCAUCUUCCUCCCAAUCUCUUUUAUAGCCACGACCUGACCCACCUCAACCUAAAACACAACUUCCUGCCUGCAGAUCAGCGGCUGCAGCAGCUGCAGAGAUUUUCUCGUCUUCGGAGCCUCAAUCUCUCCAACAACCACCUUGGCCAGUUCCCCCUGGCUAUCUGUGACAUACCCACUCUGACAGAGGUCAACCUCAGCUGUAACUACUUGGCCUCUGUCCCCAGCUCUGUGGGUGCCAUGACCAA